CUAACACAUACACACACACACGCCUCCCAGUGCUGGUAGCGGCAACACGCUCUCCUUAGUGUCUGUCUGUGUGUUGGUGCCACAUAGUGUGGCUCUCGUCCCGUGUGUUUUGCCACACCGUGUCUCUCUCGUAGUAGUGUCAUGCCAGCCCCAUUAAUGUUUAAUACAACCUUUCCACGCGAAAAUUGCUCUAAAUUUUCUAGAUAUUUAAAAAAUGCGUAACUAAUGCUUACUGAAUCACGAAGAAAGCAUAGAAGAAAUUAAUUAUUGAACAACUGGCAAGCUGAACUUGUAAGGACAACAGCCAAGGCGUAAGUGUGGGGCGCUGAGAAAGAUGAUCCAGCCAGAGCGUAGGCCGGCGAGCGUAUCAGCAUCCAUACUGUCAACAUCCGUACUGUCAGCAUCAGUGAGGAGACGAGAUGCCACACUGAACCCUCCACCACACACACCACCCUAAACCGCAACACUACUUUUUCACUUUUGCUGCCAAACCUGCUGAUCAUACUGCUACUUCUGCUCUCAUAGCUGCCUCUGCUUCUGCUGCGCCUGCUGCUGCUCCAGCUCUCGAUCCUGCAGCUCUACGAUGCCUAACUCAUCAAUAAUACUGGUUCAGCUGGUGCUGCUGAUUCAUCUCGCCAGAGCUUCUCCCAGACCUCAGGAUGAGGCUACAGUAGAGGCGGAAGAUCUGACAAACAGCUAUAAGAGACGUCAGCACCAUACACGCACAGACAGACAACCCCACGACCCUCUACGAUGGGUCUGGAUUGACGACGCAUCGCUGGGGAUGGAGUGGCCUCCCCGAUUCUCUCUCUCCAUCAACGGAGCAGUGACAGCCUACAGCCUCUCCCUCACACAUCCUCUUCACCACCACCCCUUCGCCACCACCACAAUGUACCACGCCACUACCCUUCACCAUCAGUUCGAGGGUCUGGCCAGCAACGUUACGUACGCUGGUCGUCUGGUGGCGCUGGUGGGGCCGCACCACUGGCCUUACAACCUCCUUAAUUUCACCAUCACCUCUCCUACACUCCUCACAGGUCUGGGACUAGGUCAGCGGACGGUCUACGGACGACCUGCCAGCACUGUCGCAGACCUCACAGGAAUCACCAUCUUCGUCACGAUACGUUGGUCACCGUCCCCGUUUAUCACAGGUGGCUUUUCACCUCCCUUCUAUGAGUCCGAUGAUCCACCAGAACCAGCUGUGAAGCCUCUAGGAUACCGCCUGAGGGUUUGGGACCACAAGAAGCUGGUGUCUCAGGUCAUUACUUUCGUUAACGGCAGAAAUAAUGGAUGCGAGGCAGCAGUAGGAGGUCUGCAACUGGACACUGUUUACAAGGCCACUGUGGAGGCACUGUUGGCUGAUGAAGAACCUGGUACUGCCUUGUCCUUUUCACUAGACGCCGGGGCGCUCCAUGUAGAGGGAGGCGGACUGACAACGGACGGUGUGUCGGAGUGUUAUUCAGGUCUUCAGGUUCGGUGUCCGGGUUCGGAGCGCUGCGUCUCCCCUUACUGGAUCUGUGACGGAGCUCCGGACUGCCCAGACGGAGUGGACGAGGUUGGGUGCGACGCGUCUCCCUGCGACGGGUUCCGCUGCUGGGACGACGUCUGUAUCGCCGGUGCCUGGCGCUGUGACGGUCACCGCGACUGUAAAGAUGGUGAUGACGAGUACGCGUGUCCUGAGUGCAGCCCAGGGCAGGUGAGGUGUCCCAAGGGAGGAACUUGCGUUCCCUUCAAUGCCACCUGCGACGGCGUCAGCCACUGCCCGGACGGAUGGGACGAGUCAGGAGCAGUGUGUGGCUUCCUGUCUUGUGGCCCCAGAGAACUUCGAUGUCUGGAAGGCGGUCGAUGUGUAGAACACCAUCGACUCUGUGAUGGUGUCCCUGACUGCCCUACCUCGGAGGACGAAGACGCCACCUUUUGCACCGCUUAUACUUCUAUCAAAGACAUGCGCGUCGCUAAAGAAGAUAAACAACUCAUUGAGUGCCUGAGUGAAAGUUCUGUCAAGAGAAUCAACUGCACUGAAGAGGAAUUUCGGUGUCCCAGUGGAAAAUGCAUCCGUUUGUUGUAUGUGUGUAAUGGUAUUGACGACUGUGAGACGGGAGAUGAUGAGAUGCCUUACGCAUGCGCCUUGGUAACUACUCAGGCAGAAAAGGAUGACAAGCGCGUACACAUUUACGAAGAGAACGAAGAUGGCAUAGACGAUAUGCUGACUAAAGAGGAUGAAAGUGAUAAUGAAAUCGAUGGUAUAGAGUCUCGUUGUGUAGAAGGGAAGUUAGGAUGCGAUGAAGAACGUGAGUAUGAUGAUGAUAUAAUGACUAACAGCUUUAAAAACAGCAUUGCUAUGGAGAUUCCUCCUACAGUUGACACAGAAAAUAUGCCUAGUGGCAGAGACCAGGAAAUUGAUUAUGCCAACACUGUUGAGAAUGACGUUCAAAUAUAUGACAUCUCUAUUUCAUAUUCUUCACCGACCACAGAAAACAAUACUUUGAAAAUUCAGGAGGAAGCUGAAGGUAGCAUUAUAGAGAGAAAGCAUGGAGAACCUGAAGACAAGAAUGAGAUCAACAAUGUUACUUUAGCAGAGAGCAACAGUGAGAGAGAUGACACACUGCUGGACGGAGUGGAUGUAAACAUUGAGGUGGUGAUUGAUAACGCUCCUUAUCUGGAUUUGGAUAAUGAUGAACUUGAUUCUUCUAGCAUCGAGGACUAUGAUAACAGUUUAGAAUCGCAUGUUCUUGACACAAAUUUGUUGCUUAGUGCCCGGAAUUUGACUAAUGCUACUGCCACUGACAAUACGACGUCAGUACUUGAUACACCUGAUGACUUCGAUAUUAAUUCAACGACUCCGUAUCUGACAGCCGAAGGUACCACUAAUGAUACAGACAUUGAGUAUGAUUCCUCAUCCUCUGAAGACUACAACAGAAGCGAUGAAACGGUGAGUUUAACUUCGAUAGAUUUGGGACUCUCGGAAUCCAAUAAUACUAAACAGUUUCCAGACAUGGAACCAACUGGUCUGGAUGAAGAGAUGUUGUCUGCAAACAGCGAAGAAAAAGAUGAGGCUUUCAAAGAAGCUGUUACCACUGAAAUAAUGACAGAAGUGAAAAUUCUAUCAGACAACGAUACAAUAAUAUCCGAAAAAGCUACAACAGUUGACUUCAGUGGCAGCGUUAAUCUUCUGACGACCACCGAAUCACAGAACUCACAGUCGCCUGAAACUGUCACAGAAACAGAAAGUAUAAUUAAAGCUGGUACUGAAGCUAGCACUUUCAGAAGUUUUGAGGAAGUCACCCCGAAUGUCACUACAGCUGCGACAGUGAUGGAAUCAACUCCCAAUGUAUUAGAAGCAGUUUCCACAACAAUCGUUUCCUCAAUAAAUUCCGUGGAUUCGAUACCAAUUAACGCCGAAGAGGAAACAGCCACAAACGAGGAAGCACUAACAACGGAAUACUCAGUAUAUUCUAGUGAAGCAACAACGACAAUGAGUGAUACGCUCUCGAAAGAUACAGCGGAAUCGAUAACGAAAAGCACGUCCCUCACCACUGAACCAAACAACUGGAAGGACAUGUCCAUUGGCCAGAAGAAUCUGACCAUCUUGAUUGCCGUUCACUCAGAGAUGAACGAGAGUAAGAUCCCUCAGUACAUCAUCCAUGGCAUGGAUGGAAGCACUUACGAAUACGAGAUUGUCAGUAUAGUGAAUGAUGAUGAUGAACUCUCCAACGAAAAACAUAAAAGUAGAAAUGGCGGAACGUCGGGGAGACAAGAAGGAAAGGAAACAUCAAUAAAUGAUGGAAGAGAGAGAGCGGAUGGGAGUCACGGAUACCUACAGGGCAACAACGUCUCUGCUGCUCCGAGAUUCUCCUUGUCUUUCAUCCCUCUCUUCCUUACUCUGUUUCCUUUAUCUUCUUUAUUGUUGAAGAAUAUAUAGGAUGAUUUUCAUUCACAUCUUUAUGAAGGAAGAUAGAGAAACCUAUUAUGCUUAUCAAUAUUAAUAUUAUGUUUCAAAGGGAACAAUACAUUUGUGAUUGUAUUUCACGAGGUGCUAAGCCCCUGUGAAGGAGUCAUAAAGAGAAGUAAUCGAACUCAGUCCUGUGUAUAUUCACUAAUCUCUGCCCGGUCUGUGACCAGUCAGGCAGUUAGUGAUACCUGCAGAGAAAAUUAAAAAAAAUAAAUGCAGUGUUCAGGACUUCGUGUAUAAGAAACAUCAGUACAACCAGCUGGUCUGUUUGCUUGUUAGACAAUAAGAUAUUUAUCUUAUCCUAUGAGGAAUCUGACUUUAAUGAGCUUAAUAGAUUAUGCAUUAAGUUUCCUUCUCCUGUUGAAUAUGAAGGGGAUCUAGCAUUAAAUUAUGAAAUAACAAUUGCUGAGGCACCAUAACUUAUGUGUUGGAUCAAUGUUAACUUGAUAUUCUCUGAAACUUGUAGAAAAUAGCUAAUGGUAAAAAAAUUAAGAGAUACAAAAUGAGAAGAAUCGGUGAUAAGAAACUGGAAACAAAAUACAUAAUACUUCACUGGUUUUAUUUGUUCAGAACAAUGUAUAUACAGUACUUGUUGUAAUUGCACUGCCUGGGUGAGUGAACAAGUUAAAUAAUUAGAACAUUUGUGCAAAUUGCAGCUACAAAACUUAAUACCCUUGUAGUGAAACUAAAAAGGCCUGAGUUUUUAUGAGAAAAUCAUAGGCACACCAAAUAUGUGGGUUUAUUGUCAUAUGCAAAACUUCAUUCCAUAAUAAAAAUGAGAUGAGACCAUCUUGGAUAAGGUGUCUUUUUGGUGGAGUUUGAUAUCGUAAUAUGUAUUAAACUCCUUUACUGUACUUGGUGAGUAGAAUCGUCUUUGUAUGAAGAAAACUCAGUCACCAUUUGACGAAGUGCCAGGUGAUUUUUUUCCUCUGACGAGCAAUCCAAACAUCAUCAUCCUUCUUGUUAAUGUUGACUAGGUGUUUUGUUCUAACUAUUUAGUGUAUAUUCUCCUUCAUUUCAAGAACAGAAUGUGAAUUUUUUACUGACGAUGACCAAUGCCUAUAAUUCCAUGAGCGUCAAAAAAUUGCAAUCGUUCUUCAAUUUUGUGUAUUUCUGAGCAAAUGUUUAGUAAAUAUAUGUGAACUGCACCAAAUAAUACAACUUCUGUAAUUAAAAAUAAAAAAAAAAUCAUGUGCAAGAUGUGAAAAUUCAUAAAUAUAUUUUGUUAGUGCAAACAGAUGGUAGGUUUGCAAACAAUUGUUAUACGUGCUUGUUUUCAAUUUACUUGAGAUAUUGUGCAUUAACCUUAAAAAAAGAGGUUAGUUCUCUUAUUACUGAAGCAUUUUCUAUGCCUAAAUAUUUGCGCAAAUGAAUAUAACGAGUUAAAUCUUU